GCGCAGGACAAUUGAUUGAACAAUCGGAAAUGCCCGGAUAUUGCAUUCGAAAGUGUGUUGUUGGCCAUCGUGUUCUAAAAGAAAAUUAAUGAUAUGCCUGCAAAUUCAGCUGACAACAUUGUUCAUAUUGGGGAGACUUUAAAGUCUUCCCUUAAAAGUAAGGGAACAAUUGAUAGCCAACUUGUUUCAUCUUCAAAGAGGAUUUUAUUGUCACAUAUAGGCUUCCAGCCAGCUGGACAGCCCUACGCCCUACAGCAAGAGACUUUGAAAGCAAAGUAUAUUCCGCUGAAUUCAAUCAAGAAAUCUGGAUCUGAUCAUGAACUUCAUUUUGAAGCAAACAUGAAUACAAAUGGAAAUAGUGUAACAGAAAGUAGUAGUGGUGAAAGCUUACCAAGUCCUAAGACUGUUCUGUAUCCUGAGGAUAAAAUUAAACUACAAUGGAAGAAAAUCUACAAGAUAGGCUCUGGCCUUGUCAAUAUGGGAAAUACGUGUUUCCUGAAUUCCACCCUCCAGUGUCUGGCCUACACUGCCCCUCUAGUCAACUACUGCUUCAGUGGUGAACACAAUCAGACAUGCAAACAGCCAGGUUUUUGCAUGAUGUGCGAACUUCAGCGCCACAUCAAAAGAUGCUAUGAAAAUUCAGGAUCCAACAUCAAACCUCAGGCAAUACUUCAGAAAUUAAAAAUGAUUGCAAAGCACAUGCACUGGGGUAGACAGGAGGAUGCCCAUGAAUUCCUGAGAUAUGUUGUAGAUUCUAUGCAGAAGUCCAUUCUGAAUGGUCAUGCAAAGUUAGACAAAUUUAGCAAAGAGACAACAGUUGUCAACCAAAUAUUUGGAGGAUACCUUAGAAGUCAAGUUCAGUGUCUGCGAUGUAAAGAAAAAUCCAAUACCUAUGACCCAUUCUUGGACAUUAGUUUAGACAUAAAGACGGUGCCUAGUCUUGAAAAGGCAUUUGAAAAGUAUGUACUUCCAGAGAAGCUGGAUUGUGACAAUGCCUACAUGUGCAAUAGAUGCAAACAAAAGGUCCCUGCCUUGAAGAGAUUCUCUGUUCACAAACCUCCCAAUGUUUUGACAGUGUCCCUGAAAAGAUUUGAUUACAGUAAAAUGGUACAGGGAAAAAUUGGAAGACAUGUACACUUUCCUGAGAAACUAAAUCUGAGACCGUAUAUGAGCAACAGAGGGGGUGAGCCAAUUCUUUUCCAUCUGAAUGCUGUGUUGGUACACUCGGGCUACACAGCUAAUUCUGGACAUUACUACUGCUAUGUCAAGGCCUCUAGUGGAGGCUGGUACUGCAUGAAUGACUCCAAUGUACAACAAGUUAGUGUUAAUCGAGUUCUCGGAGCUGAAGCCUAUGUCCUGUUUUACACCAAAGCAUUCACUGAAAUUAGCGCACCAAAGCCUGUGAGUUCCAUGACAUCAUUGGCGAACCAUGUAGACAAGAAAGCAAACCUCAAACUCCUGAAUGGGCUAAGAAAGUACCCUAGCACAGACACCGGUGUUCCUGUAGCCAGAAGUUCCUCUUCAUCUUCAAUCAUUGGUCCAUCCUUGCCCAAGUCAGAAACUCCUUACAAAGCAACCCCACCUGCUGCUGCUGCAGCUACAGCCACUCCACUACCAGAAAAACGAGACAAAGUUGUGUUUGGUUUGAACAAGACACCAAGUGCCACAAAGAGCCCCGCAAAUUCAGAUGGCAAGCGAAUCGUCAUACAGAUCAAGAAUGGAAAAGUCACUACUUACGAACGGUCACCCAACGGCAAAUCCAAGAUUGUCAACGGAGAUAUGGGAAACUCUAAGCUGGUGCCGUAUGGCGAUGAUUCAGAUUCUGAAGAGGAAGGAACAUACGUGAACGGUGGGAGGAAAUCCCCCUAUGUUAAUGGCAAGGACCACAAUAUGAAAGACAGUGAGAGACACCGAAAUGAUAACCGAGUUGUGUUUGAUCAGAAACUGAAUGCCACCACAUCUGUGCCUGGAAAUACACAUCUGUUGGAAACCACCUUGAAGCAGAAAGGAGACAUACAUGAUAGCUCCAACCGACAGAUUGAUGGACUCAAUUUGAUGGUCAACAAAGCCCGAGAACAUGAAAUGUCUCAGGACAGAGCAAAAACCUACAGUGACGAUAGUGCCAUUCUGUGUGUAAGCGCCAGCAGUGGAAAACUGAAAGCCACAUCUUCAAACUGGCAAGUGCUUAAUCAAGACUGUGCUCCUAGCCCCUCAGUUGGUUCAUGCUCAAGUCGCGAAAGUGUCAACUCCACUUCUGGCUGGCACAUCAAAGACAAAUUGGAAGCAUCCAGCUUUCCUAAGGUUCCUGAGAGACAACAUCCUGGCUGGAAAGUCAUGGAGGAAACAGAAACCAAACCUACUUCUGAUGCUGCUAAGCAGGAGGCGUCUGACAAAUCACUGUCUGCUCAAGUGAAAAAACUUUUUGCUGCCAACAAAGAGGAGAGUCAUACCAAGUAUGAUACAAACUCGGAUUCCUUUUACCAAAACAAGAACAUUGGCUCAUCAGAAAGUCAACCUCUGCUGGCAGAAGUAGAUGUGGAAGAAAAAGUGCCUCAUAAGAAACACAAGAAGCACAAAAAGCAUAAGAAAGAGCACAAGGAUGUGAAGUACGAACAAUUAGUGAAUGAGAGCACCUCAAGCACUGAAGCCCACAGCAAAAAGCACAAGAAGAAGAAGCACAAGCACAAGAAAGAACGCAAGCACUCAAAGCACUGUGAUGAUUCAGAUGAGGAGAGACGCAGCAAGAAACACAAGAGGAGCUAUGACGACAGUGAUGAGGAUUCUGGAAGAGAUAAAAAGAAAAAGGUUGAUGAAGAGGCCUAUGUCUGGGUGGAGAAAACAAAAGAUACAAUCAAGCAGAGCAAAUCAGAUAGCAGUGUCUUGGUGCAGUCCUGGGAUCACCAUGUAAAGGAUGGUUUCAAAAAGUCCAAGAACGUUAGUGAUUCCAAGUCCUUCAGUACUUGGGAUGGCACUCGAUCCUCAAAAGUGGCUGAAGAACUUGAGAGACAGUCCUCCGCCAUUGGUUAUGGAUCCUCAGUGAACUCUUGGGAAGGCGGCAAAAGUGUUCUGGAUUCUGAAAUCGAGGGCGAGAAAAGAAACCACAAGAGAUACUGGUCUGAUGAGUACGAGGAGGAACUGGACCAAGGCAAAACCAAAAAAGUCAAGAAAUACCACGCUGACUAUAGCUUUAACUCAGGAUACAAUCCCUUCCAGAAACACCAAGAUCAUCGAAACUAUGACAACCCUAGAUACAAGGGUGUCAAUGGAUCUCACUCCUUCGGUGGGUACGGCUCCAAUACUCACCACAGGGAUCGUCAUGAUGAUCAUCGCAACCAACAUCACAAUCAUUCUUCCAAAUUUUCCUCGUACAAGAACUAAUUUUCCUUGGAUGCAUAUGGAUGUGCUAGUCCAGUUGGGAGAAAAAUAAUUGCUUUAUAUUAGAGCCUACUUUUGUGUGCUAAAAUCAUGAACUGUUGGAAGACAACAUAUUUGGCUGCAGAGCAGUAACAAUUGGAUUCAAGAGAUUUUUUUUUUAAAUGUGCAUAAACUUUGAAUGAACUUUAUUAAUAAGGAUAAACAGAUUUUAUAUCUUACUUUAAAGUUUCAGAGUUAUUUUAUUUAUUUAUUUUUGUUUUGUUAAUAAAAGAUAUAAUUUUCUUGAUAUAGUUUGUGGGCUUUCAUUUAUCAAUGAGUAAUUAGAGCAAAAUCUAAGACAUGUACCAUUUUUAUUUGAUGUUGAUAUGGCGGAGCAUAAUGCUGUGUAAUGUGUAUCGUGACAAAAAGAUGAUUAGAGAUGUACUGUUUAUGUGGAAUCAAUAAUGUAUAACAAAAAUAUGUUGACAUUUUUUGUUAAAGAUUUUAAUGAAGUAUGUGUGUUAAAGAAGUCUGGCUCCCUUUGAAAAGAAAGGCAAUUGUGACUGUAAAUAGAUCUUUCUAGUCUUCAAACAAAACCACAAAAGUAAAAUUUCCAAAUUUUUGGGUUUUUUUUGUAUGUGUUGUAGAGAUUAAAAGUAGAGAAAUCCUGAUACUUUCAGAAUGCUAUAUUCUGUAAAAACUGUUGAAGAUGUAGUUGUAUGAUGAUGAAGUUUUUGAAUGUGAUAUACAUGUACAUUGUAUCUGGUUGAUGAUAUUAAGUGCUUUUAGAAUGUUCAGGUGUUUGCCGAGUUGUAUGUUAGCAUGACAAGGACAUUUCACUGUUGUUUAAAUUUCUCUGCACAGAGGAGAACUGAAUGGACCAGUUUGUCGAUUAGAGAGUCUGUUCAUCGUCGGUGCAUCACAAGGUUAUGUGUACAUUGUCCAUUUUAUGAAUGCAUCAAAAAUUAGACUGUUGUACUUCAAUAUCUCAACUCGUAUGUUCAGUUUUCUGUUAUUAAAUAAAAAAUGGAAUAUGUAUGUCCAUGUAACUGUUAACUUACUACAUAUCAAACGGAAUAUGGGAAAAAAAGACAGAUUUUGGAUGAAUGUCAUUUUCAAAAUGUCUCUUCAUUAUAUAAAAAUUCAGGGCAAGUGCAAUUGUUACAAUGAACCUAUCAAAUACUACCAAGAAUGAAUGUGUACAAGUAAAUAUGUUUGUGAAGCGAUAUAUUUAUUAAUCAUUAUGUGUCCGAUUUAUUUGAUAAUUACGGUCAGUUAGAACUUACAUGCAGUUUCUGAUUGAUUAAAGAUGAUUUUGAGAUUUUGAAGAUUAAUUGUGAUUUUGAAGAUGCUUACUCAAUUGAAUGGUUGGAGUUUUUUUAUUUUAUUAAGUUAUUUAAAAAAAAAAAAUUUAAAACAAGAAAAUGCAAUAUACUUGUAUUGCCAGUUAGAUUUAUGAAUGAGUUGUAUAUACAUGUAUAUUAUUUUAUGUGGCAAGUUGUUUUGGAUUAAGAGAUAGAUUUUUAUGAUUUUGCGGAAAUUGUUGUCGAACAAAAAAGUGGUCAUGGAGACACAUGAUUGGUUGGUUUUUAUGACUGGUCUUAUUUUCUCAAAAGAUUCACAUUUUAUUACAUAAUUUAAUAUCUCAGGCAAAAAUUCCCCAUUUUUUUCAUUCUAAUGUCCACUGAAAGGUGCUACCAUAGAAUUCUCAUUGAUAUCUCAUCGAGGGAACUUUCAAGGUUCUCUAAUGAAUCUGUACAUUAUUUAUAUGGAAUAACACUCGGUCAUGUUUAAAAAAAAAAUGUGCCAUUUUGUUCAGUUCUCGGUUUUUGUUAGAUCAUUGUUAGUGUUAUCUUUUAUGUACCAGUGUAAUAAUUAACAUGAAAGCAAAAUCAAAUCAACUGUAGAUCAUGUAAUAUUGAUUCUUUUGUUUUUUUUAUUAUUAUUAAUGAAAGACUUCUUUCAUGUUUUUAAUUGGCAGUGUAGCAAAAAGUCAUCUUUUGAGAUAUUGUGGAGAAGUUUAUUCAUCAAAUGGUCCAUGCAAAGUUGUAAUGUUUGAGAGACAUUAUGUUUAUUUAUACUUUGUAUGCAAGAUGGAUUACAAAUAAAUUGUUAUGAUUAUGGAA